AAGGAUCUAGCUAGCAAUCUGUAGGGAAGAGAAGAAGAACAGAGAUCAUGCGGUUUAAUGAGAAGGAGCUGGUGUUCCUGAGCCGCCAGCCGUCUGAGAGAGCGGCCGAGCUUGGCAUGAAGGGACCGAAGAAAGGAGAUGUAAUGAAGAGGAGACUCGUGAAGCUUAUAGUGAAUUUCCUGUUCUACUUUCGCACCUAUGAGGAGGAGCCAAUUGGGGCUUUGCUCCUGGAGGACUGUAGAGUGGAGAGAGAAGAUGAGCUCACGUUCUCCAUCACGUUCCUGGAUGAGGCAGAGAGAAAGUACCUGUUUGAAUGUAAUUGUCGGGAGCAGUGCGUCGAAUGGAUGGACGCCAUUAUAAAAGCCAGCUAUGAGUUUAUGCGCAAGAACCUCAUCUUCUAUCGAUCUGAGAUCCAUCGACUGACCGGCAAGGACCCGCUGGAGCAGUAUGGGAUUUCGGAUGAGACGCGCUUCCAGGUGAGCAACGCGCUCCCUCCUCCACCGACUUAACGAAGCGCAGCCAAUCAGGGACUUCGAUCUCCUUUGUGCUGUGCAUUACUAUUUUUUUUUUUUUUUACAUUUUUUUUUUUAUUUUGACCUAAUCUAUACACUGCUGUUAUUGUUUUCUCUUCCUAUGGGGGCAGAAGAAUUUUCGGUUUUCCGAGGUGAAAAGGGUGAAACGGCGACUGUCACUGCGUAUCUUUUUUUUAAUGAUCGUACUGUUGGGAAUGUGAGCUGAGAAUGAGCCAGUAGCAGCGUAUUUUAAUAAGGUCAUUCGGUUUUUUUAUUCAUUUUCACUAGUCGUUGUCUGUCAGGUGUAGCAAAAAAAAAAAAACCACACACACACACACGUUUGUUUGGUCACUGUACACAAAAGCAGUUGGUCCGUUUUUUGUUGUGGGGGUAGGGGAGCCUGGUAGGUUUCACUUCAUGAAACCGUGUGUGCCCUGCAGCCCUGUUUUGCAUGAUGUGACACAGUAACUUGCACUGAACCACUUCCUGUAAUUAAUGUGUGACCAAAGUCGUUGUUAGUUUGCUUGUUGGGUGCAAUAAAUUAUUUUAUCGAGCGUAA